UAUAAGUGCUUUGUUUGUCUUCUCAAAACUCAUGCCAACAUAAUUCACGGAGCUUCAGCUUUUCAACUUCCCUUCUGCUUCGUUCCGUCCUUCCUUCCUCCGCAAAUGGGCGACUCCAAGAACUAUCGGAGUGAAAACUUCUCGUGCAAUGAGAGAUCGAGCAGUCACUCUGGUCAAGAGAGUAGUUGGACGCCAUACUUUGUGGAUUUCCUGAUGAAUGGCCAGGGAAAGAACGACUCCUCGUCGGGUUAUGAGGAUAGUUCUUCUGUAGUCUCCGACGCUGCUACAUCGGUCGUGAAGAAGCCCGUCGAGAACGAUCACGCCGGAAGCUGUAAGAGAUUGAGCUUUAAGAAAAGGAGAAAACGACCUAUUGAUGAUGCUCUAGAGGAUACAGCUAGUUCUCCUGUCAAUAGUCCCAAGGUUUGUGGCCUGCAAAAGACAAUGGAUUCCCACCCCGGACAGAAAGAAGAUAAGUUAUCCAAGGAUGAUGCAGCUACUUCAGGCCAAAACGAUGAGAUCAGUAUCGAUUUAGGAUUCGUUGGAAGAGGUAAUGGUAAUUUUUCGGAGCUGAAAAAGAGAGGUCUUUGCCUGGUUCCGAUGUCCAUGAUGAUGAAAUACCGAGGCUGAUGAUACUAUCACAAAGCUCAUAAACAGUUUGUAAAGGGAAAACUACCAUGUGGCUCAAUAGCUCUUCAUGUAUAUGAAUUAUGCUGAGUUAUACCGGUCGUUAGCUUCUUAAUCCUUUCCAGAUGCAUUGGAUUCAUCCUUCUUGUUGAUGUCA